AUGAACGAAUGGGAUGCCUAAUUAACUAGAAGAUUAUCUAGCCUCGCUGAACCUCCACUAGACUCUCAUUAAAUCGUUAUUGCAGUUCAACGGUAGACGCUUGGAAAUGGCGUCGAGGCGGUGUUUUGAUUGAUUUCAGUGGAGACUUUUAGAAUUACACCGGUGAAUACCAUAUAUUUUGUCGGCAAGUUUUCAGUUUCUUCUACUAAUUCGAGUCUAUCUUAUCGAUCGAAGUCUGUUUAUUUUGUGAAGGACAGAAAUGUUGUUCUGGCUAUUGCUAUGGACCCAAACAGACCAGCGUUCGUAAACUCCUUGGUGGCUAUGUAUGGAAGCAGUCCAGAACCAUCAGAUGAAGAGCCCGACGGUCCAUCAGAUUCAAAUACACUUGAAGACGUAGCACAAAGUGUUGAAGAGAGUCCUUUACCUGUCAGAGACAAUGUGAAAAAUACUUUGAAAGAUGAUGAAACGUCCAUGGAUAUCACAGAAAAUUCUGUAGAUCCUUCCAAACCUACUGGUGUUACCCAAUCUAUGAGUGAUGAAGGUGUUUGCCCACCUGAAGAAGAAACAAAGGCAGAGUCUUCAAGCUCUGAUCCUAUUCCAGAAACAAAUGACUUGACAGCCAAUGAGGAUACUGAAUUAACCAGCUCUAAGGAAGUGAUUGGUGAGUUAGCUCAGGCUGAUACUGCCACUUCCAUUGAUUCUUCCAGCAUGGCAAUUGAAAGCCCACAUGCCCCAGCGAGUGAGUCAGUUGAGUUGUCAGUGGCAGACCCUGAAAAUAUUGUUCCUGAUGUCAGUCAACCUAAUGAUGACAAACAUAUUGGAAUUGAAAAUGAGGGUCAGGAUUCAACUUCAGAUUCUGGUGAGGAAACCAAUUUAAUUGAUGAACCAGUAGAUAAAGUAGAUUCUGUAGAGCAAGCGAGCUCAAAUUUAGAUUCUGAUUACGUGGGUGAAGGUCAAAAUACUUUUGAGAAGUUGAAAGUAGGUGCCGAAAGCUCUGCAGCGGGUGCGCCAGGCCGAAAGCUGAGGCAAAUACGCCACCCAUCUGCAAAAGCAGCUGAAGCUGCUGCCGAUGCUGCCUUUGUUGCUGCAGUAACUCCCACAAGAAAAAACCUCAAAGAAGCUAAACAAGCUUCUGCCCUUGCCAAAGUCACUGACGCAGCUGAUACUUCUCUCUUGAAUAAGAAGUCAAAUAGCCGUACUAGGAAAGGGUGUUCUUCCAGCAACAUUGAUUCAAGAUCUUCACCACUUUUCUUUGCUGCUAAGGAAGACAGCAGUUCCAAUGAAAACUCUGACACAAGUGAUGGCAACCCAACAGCCACAGCGGACGACAUGAUUUCAAACACUGAAGUUGACUCCAAAGAAGAAACCAUCCUAACGACAAACAAAUCUACAAGUAGGACUGAUGGUGGAAAACCUGUUGGAAUCAAACUUAAAAUUUCAAAAGAAUCUGUUCAAAUUUUGGACCCUUCUCUGUCAAAAUUAGAAGUUCAAAUACCUAAUGAAUCUGCAUCCUCAGAAUUUUCAUGUUCACCAGGAGGUACAAAGAGAAUACGGAAGAUCAAAGAAGACACAUUGUCACCAAAUCCUCCUUUAUCUCCAAUCACACUCAAAAUUGCGAAAAGUAAAGAGGGUCUGGAGGUAGUUUCUACAGAAAAUCAUCCUCAAGUAGCAUCAUUGGUUGAUGCUGAAGUUGCCAAAGUAGAGAAAAUAACUUUAAAACUGUCCAGAGAUGAGGGUGCAACAAUAGUAAAGCCAGUUGUUGAAGAGUUACCUGAAACCAGACAAGAAAAAUUAACUCUUAAAUUGGUAAAAGAUGAAACUUCUCAGAAGUUUACAACAGUUCAUAGUCAAGAUGAAGGAGAAGAUGCCAGAAGAGGAAAACUACACCUAAAACUUUCAAAAAGUGAAGCCAAAAGGAAAGAAAUGGAUACAUCAUCUUCUGAAAAUGAUGGUGGAAAACUGGAGCGAAUUACUUUGAAGCGAUCAACAGAUAAUAAUGUAAGCAUAGUGCGCUCCAAAGAUUUAUCACAACUAGAACGCAGUGCUUCUGCAAGUCCUGAACCUGGAAAAGUUGAAAAAAUAACCCUUAAGGUCUCUAAGAAUGAUAAUGUUUCUAUUGUGAAGCCUGCAUCUCCCAUUCCGCCAGCAAUAGGUGUUGAGAAAUUAACCCUUAAAGUGUCUAAAGAUGGAACAGCAGCUGUGAGUUCAAAAGCAUCUGAUGAUUUGUUGAGAGAAGGAGAGACUUCCAAGCUUGAGAAAAUAACACUCAAGCUUUCUAAAGAGGAUGGUGUGAGCAUUGUGAAACCAGCAUCCCCUGUGCCUGACAAAAAGUCUUCCAAACCGAAAGAUGAACCCCUUUCUCCUUUGUCACCUCUCAUCAUUGCUCGUGGUGAAGAAGUAGAACCUCAGAAAGAGCGUAUCACUUUAAAGUUGUCAAAGGCGGGGGGUCAGCCCAGCCCUGUGGGAGUUGUUGAUGAACGUUCUAGCUGGUCCAUAAAGUCCACUGAUUCUGAUACUGUACCUUCACCAGUUCCCACUGAUCCUACUACACCCAAAUCCAGACCCAAACGGGCAUUAGCUGAUACACCUGAAAAUGCACCCAGCUCAGCUAAGAGACUUAAACUAUCCAAUGUGGAUAAGCCAGAAGAGCCGGUACCUGUCUUAAGAGGCCAAAGUGUGAAAAAUGAGUUAAAAGAAGAACUAACUGAAGAUUGUGAGAUUAUGGAUGAUGAAAACAUGGAUGCUGAUGUGCCUGUUAAAGAAGAAUCUGACUCAGAUCCCUUGAAAAUUGAACCUGAAACUGUGAAUGAUGAGCCCCCUGCUGAGAGGAAUACUGAGGACUCCAUGGAUGUUAUUUUAUUGGAUUCAGAAGAGUCCCAAAAUGAUCGUGUGCCUCCCUCUGAAACAAGCAUUCCUGUUGUCGACGUCGAGGAAAAUGAAAUUCCCACUUCAAGAUAUUCAAGACGAAAACCCCGUGGAAGGCCCAGGAAGGCAGUUCUGACUCCAGGCACAGUGUUUCAUGAAGUGCCUGCAGUGGCACCUGCAGAGGAACCUGUCACGACUCCUACCAAACCAAAGAGAGAACGUGUACGACCAGAGCCAGCAGAAUCUGACCGUCCUAAAAGAUCUUGUAAAGGGCGAGAGAAACCUCCUCCAAAGCCACCUAAACCUGUAAAACCUCGAGGGCGAGCUGCGGCGGCCAAGCAAAAGGCAGAACAAAGUAUGUUACCAGAGGAACCACAAUUAUUUGAAGAAGAAACCCGAAUGAGUGCUGAUUGUGCUGAGACUUCCACCCCUGCAAUUUCGGUUGGGAAUGCAACAAAUGGUCUGAAGUUUGCUAAAGUAGUUGUCUCAAGAUUGACAAAUCUUGACCAUCUAAUGCCAUCAACCCCAUGUGAAACACCUGCAGACAGUCCAGGCCCUCUUAAUACUAAUGAAGAAUCUCAAGCAUCUCAGGGCAGUGUGAGCAUGGUAUCUUCCACUACAGAAAGUACACCAAAUAGAGGGAACCGGAAAGGUCGAAUGGAAAUCAAUGUUGAUCCAGAUGCACACGUAGAGUUUACAGUGGAUAUGAUUGCUGAAUACAUGUGGCCGCCUAAUGAUGGGCACAGUGAAGCUUACAUGGUUCAGGAACAAAUUUCUUCUUACCUUGGUGUCAAGUCUUUUAAACGAAAAUACCCCAACUUGCAAAGACGGCCAGUAGAUCAUGAUGAACGUCAGUAUUUAUUAGAACGUAAAUUGGUGUCAGAAAGUUUGUGUGAUCUUGGUCUCACUGCACUGCCAAGUCAUGAAGUAUUAGAUGUCUUGUGUACUGAUUUCCCAGAGAAAUUUGAGGAAUACAGACGCUUCACUCGGGAGAGAGCUCAACGGGAGUUUUCCAAUAAACAGAAAGCUCUGUUGGCUAGUGGAGCUGCUGCUAAAGAAGAUUCAAAGAGUAAAGCCAUGAGAAACAUGGCCUCAUUUAAUUCUAUGUUGAACCGCAAUAGAAGAGAUCAACGGCGUGCCUGCUUUGAUCUGCAAAGCUUUACAGUUCAUUACCCUGAGCAACGCCGUACUAAAAUGACUGUUCCAAAUAUUCCUCCAAUUGGGGCUUAUCCUUUGGCUCUUGUUCCUGGCCAAUACACUGACUAUUACAAGGAAUUUACUGCUGCUGAGCUGCGGUACUUCCCUCUGAAUACUGUCCUCUAUGGACCUCUUCUACCUCAUGAAAUUAGGAUGCAUUCUGGUGGAAGUGACGGUAGCCAAACUGAUUCAUCAGAGUCAAGUUCAUCUGAUAGUUCCAGCUCUGACUCUGACAGCUCUAAUAGUGACUCCGAUAGUGAUUCUGACAGCUCCUCUGACAGUGAGGAUGAUUCAUCUAGUCAGGUUAUGCCAGGAGCGCUUGACAGUCAGGAAGGUGAAGUGGAGAGACCAGAUGCAGUCUGUCGAGUCUGUAAUGGUGAUAGGCUCAAAAACAAAUUAGGCCGAGCAGAGCCACUGGUUCAUUGUGCUAGUUGUGAAAAGAGUGGUCAUCUCUCUUGCCUUGACCUGACAGUAGACAUGAUGUCUCACAUUAGGAAGUACGCUUGGCACUGUACUGAUUGUAAGCUUUGUGCUCAAUGCAAUGACACAGCAGAUGAAGAUAAAAUGCUUUUCUGCGAUAUGUGUGAUAGAGGGUACCACAUCUAUUGUGUUGGCUUACGCAAGGUGCCUGAGGGUAGAUGGCAUUGCAAAGAGUGCGCUGUCUGUGCAUCAUGUGCUGCUCGAGACCCUGGAGGCACAGAUGCCUCACAAUCCCAAACGUCUCAAGACUCUCCUUCUAAGAGUGAUGGCUUACAAUGGCAGCAUGAGUUCAAAAAAGGUGAUAAAGGCACACGAAUCUAUGUCCGUACUCUCUGUGUACCAUGCUCUAAGUUGUGGAAAAAGGGAAGAUACUGCCGACUUUGCUGGAAAUGCUUUACCAACCAACCUGAGGAGGAAGGGCUUAUCAACUGUUCUAUCUGUGAUCGCUGGAUGCAUGCUGAUUGCUGUCGUAAAGCAGGGCAAGUGAUUGAUAAUGAAAAAUUGGGUAGUUACAUCUGUGAGCUCUGUCAACAGAAGGGAGUUCAUGUUUCAGCAUUAAAAUCACCGGGAAAAGUUAUGCGCUAGAUUAUUAACUUAACUUAUAUUUUGACCUCAUGUGUAAUAAUGACUUAAAAAUGUGCAAUUGUACAGAAGUCUUCUGUGUAUGUUUUGUUGUAAGUUCUGUGGUAUGUAUUAUACUGCAAUGUUAAUAUUUGUAAUAAUUCUGUUGCAAUGUUUGCACUGUUUUGGUUAUUGACAUCGGCAUUUGUACUAUGUGUAAUUAGCCAUAAAACUUUUUCACUGAUGUAAUUAAAAAAUUUCCAUGAGCUUA